UCGUCGGUGUUUUUACAGUGAAGGACUCGUCUUUUGUUUUGGCUCCACUACUUCCGCACUCGAGACUUUCCUGUCUUGUUUCGACCUUUUCACACAAAAUGUUGCCUUUUUAUUCCUGACAUUUCGUACGCUAUGGCCGAGGACGAGCUCGCUGUGUUCAGAGACCGUUGGAAACGUGAGCUGUGGAGUCAAAAAGAGGAGCGGCGGCUCGUUCCCGCUGCGCCCUCCACUACCAGGAGUCAUGCCGGGGACGAAAAUGAUGACGCGAGUCGAGGUAAAAGCGAGUUAAAAUCCGAGUGUAGUGUUGGCGUGCAGGAGGCCGGUUACAUUUCCAUCGCCAAGGGCUUGCUGGGCGGCAGGACGAGCCCACUUUUGGACAGACUCGAGGAGGAGAGGAGCAAAAGGAAGAGGAACUACCAGGAUGAGCGCGCCGUCUGCAGGGGGUCCCUAAAGAAUCCUCAGAGAAAAGUCAAGAAAGAAGAGCAGCUGGUGGAUCAACUCAUUCUGGAUCUGAAUGAGGCAAGCGACAUCCCUUUCUUUGACAUGGAGUUGCCGUAUGAGUUAGCGCUGAAGAUAUUCCAAUAUCUCAACCGAACUGAGCUCGGCCGAUGUGCACAGGUGAGCAAGGCGUGGCGAGCUCUGGCUGAGGACGGUGUACUGUGGUUCAAGCUGUGUGCGCGUGAGGGCCACCGGCGCGGCGCUGCCGUGUCCGAUUCACCCUGCUGGAAGGCCACACUGCGAGACUGCCGCAACGCAGCCGCCAACGUGCGUGCCAACUGGAAGAAUCGUGUUGGCUCUAUCAGUCAGCUGCAGUUCGAGCUGGGAAAGGUGCUGUGCGAUGUCAGCUCCUGUGACAACUAUGUCCUGGCAGGGUACUCCUCGGGUGACGUGAGGCUGUGGGACAAGUUGCACUGGGACCUGCCGUCGUCCUACCUCAAGUCCAACUGGCUGUCCGCUCUCGCUGAGCCCCGACCACAUGUCGCUCACGUGCAGGUUGCUGGUAACAUUGCAGCAGCCGCCUACCACGAUGGUUGUGUGGACGUCUGGAGCACGCAGUCAGGUGGCGAGCCCAUUUACCACCACCAGAUGGCGGGGAGCCAACGGGCCUUGGCCCUCAGCCUGGAGGGUUCCGUCCUGGCUUCCGCAGCCGACUCCGACGUCCGACUAGAUGGUGCCAACGAGUGCGGCGCAUGGAGGAUGCUCGCGCUGACCCGCCUCCCUAAGCCUGUCCACAGUUUGGUGUUGGUGCCCGGCAGCAGAGUGCGGCGGCGUGCGCUUACCGCAGCGGUGGCCGGGGAGUCUGUGUAUCUGCUGGAUGAAGAGGAAGAGGAAGACCUAAGGACCCUCCACUCGGUGUAUGGACACCCUGUCACCUGCUUGGAUGCCUCUGAGUAUCAUGUAGCACUCGGGGUGAAGAACAGCAGCUGGGCUAUGCAUGACGGAGGCAACAAGAUCCACGUGUACAGCUUGGCGACGGGCAAGGCGGUGGCAUGUGUUGGGGACUCUCCAGGAGACUUCACCUGUAUUCAUCUCCACGACGGCAACGCGCCGCACAUGAUGGUGUGCGGGAACAAUGACAGGCGGGUGCGUGUGUUAGACCUGCGCACGGGCUCGUGCGUGUCUUCGCUGUACGCGCACCAUCUGGGCGUGACGUCGGUGCGUAUGGACGACUGGAAGGUGGUGAGCGGCGGCGGCGAGGGCCUGGUGUGCGUGUGGGAGAUGCGGAUGGGAACCAAGCUGUGGGAGAUGCACAACAGACAUCCUGUGAGGCACGUGCAUUUCGACAGCCGCACGCUGCUGACAGCCAACAUCCCCGACGACAAGACGCCACGGGGGGCGUGCAUCACUGAUGACGACCUCACGGCUCACCGCAGGCACCGAGGAAUCAUCUGCCACUACGACUUCUCGGAGGAAGCCGGCGCCCCCGACGGGGUCCUCCCCAUCUGCCGCUCCGACUACGACCAAUCUCACGGCUACAACUACAACAUCGCGCUCGCCAUGCCCUAUGACCGCCUCAGGUGACCACCCGCGCGUGAAACCCAAACUUUUAUGAUUCCCCUUGGACAAGUUGUCAUCGAGUGUAUGUGCCCUCAGCUGCCACAAUAUUAGGGACACCCGCAUCCCCAUUUACGCAACGGCACAUUGGUACUCUCUGGUGUUCAUUAGAGGUCAGGUGUUCAUUAGAGAGGCCUUAGUAAUGUAAUUGAACGUUUUAAACACAUAAUUAAAAUAAUGUGUUGAUAUCCAACAAAACCAUAUUUCUCCACAAAUGGUUAUUUUUAUUCAAAACGCAAAUUUUUGUUGUUGUUUAUUAAAUAAUUAUUUUUGUUUGUUGUCUUUAUUUGUAUCAAAAAAAGAAAAAAAAUCUGUUGAUAAAUUCACACAAUUAUGGAAAGAAAGUUCAAAUGUAUUUUUGCAAAUUACAUUUGUUUGGAUCUUGAAAUUAUUUAUAUCCAAUAUAUAUUUUUGUUCAAUUUGUUUUAAUGCAAAUAAAGUGGAUGAUAACUCCUCAAAUUA